GUCCGCUGGACUCUGAGAAGGGCGCUGCGCUCCUCCUCCUCCUUCGGCAGGAAGCUCCGGGCCGCAGCACGUGCAGCGGUGCCCAGGCUCCUCCCCUCCCCGCCCCCUGCCCGGGGGUAGCCACGCGGCUGCCAUCCCCUGUGGCCGGUAUGGCGCUCGACCCGGCAGAGAUUCUUCAGUUUGGGGUCCUGAAGACACAUACCCUCUGCUUUUCAGGACUGUAGGAAUUUAAGGAGCAAGUGGGACCCUGGGGCAGAGCAGCAUCUCAGACAUGUUGAAAAAGAUGUUUUGAUCCCUAAAAUAAUGAGGGAAAAGGCCCGGGAGAGAUGUUCUGAACAAGUUCAAGAUUUUACCAAAUGUUGCAAGGAGUCUGGAGUCCUUAUGGUAGUGAAAUGCCGGAAAGAAAAUUCUGCAUUAAAAGAAUGUCUAACCUCUUAUUAUAAUGAUCCUGCCUUUUAUGAAGAAUGCAAAAUGGAAUACCUAAAGGAAAGGGAAGAAUUCAGAAAAACUGGGAUUCCUGCCAAGAAAAGGAUACAGAAGCUUCCAACAAGCAUGUAGGCAAAUAUUCAAAUGAUACUCAGUAACUCUAUUCCUGGAAAUCACAUUUACCUAAAAUGAUGGACUCAAGGAAGUAUUUACUUUAUCCUGAAUUAUGGAAAUAUUAAUCUUAUCUGAAAUAAAGAUUUUUUUAAUUUUAAAGUUGUUUAUUAAAUGGGGUAGUAGCAAAUAGUGGAAUGGGAUAUGGUUUGCCUGGUCAUUAUGGAGUUUUCAAAAAUCUUUUCCACAACUAUAGUUCUAUAAUGGUGAUACUGAUUUUUAGGGUUCAGUAUAGACUUACUGUACUCUGUCAGAAGAAAAGGCUAAUUGUGGGGAUUGGCGUAACCAACUAAAGGAAAGCAGGAAUGGACCACCUUCAAAGGGGUUUAAAUAACCAGGCAGUACAAUGGAGUGGUCAUGAACCAGAGUCCUUCCUAGUUCUCUGCUUACUAGCUGUACACCUGUGGAAAUAAGCCUCAUACAGUUUUUGCAACGACUGAGUAUUUUAGGCAAAUGCUCUUUAAUGGUUAGUUAUUGUUAUUAUUAGUACUAAAGAAUUAUUUGGAAACACAGAUGAUAGAUUACUUAAAAUGAAUUAAUUUUAAACAUCUUUAAAGAAAAUUUCCUAAAUGUACUGCUACUUUCCUUGACCUGUUAAUUUGGCUACUGAAAAUACUGCUUUUUAAAAAAGUUUUCUUUAUAAACAUAAAUGACCAUUUUGUAACAUAGUAAUGGUGUCAGGAGCUAAUGUGAAAAUUUUGUCCCAAUGCAAUAAUUUGGUUCCAGUUGAGCUUUUAUAUUAAAAGUUGCUUCCUCCCCACCCCAUGAACCAUUAACUUUUUACCACAGCCGUUGCAACCAGUUUCCAGGUAAGUAAAUUUUAUGUCUAUAGUUCUCACUAAAAUCACAAAAAUUACCACAUACAAGGACAAGAUUUCACUUUGUCCCCAAUCCUAUGAAAUAUAUCUGACUUUGUAGAAGGAUUUAAAGCAAGCAAAGAGGAUCCUAAGAACCAAUGGCAUGUUCAAGUUCCACACUUUUGAGUAAGCCAUUCAAAGAACUAUUUUACUCUUAUUUAAAACCC